AGAAGAAGAAAACGGAAGCUACGUCAAUUUUCGCGCGAAACAUAUGAGUGGUGCUGUGUGUCGUCUGCAGACUGAACCUGUACACUUUUCAUUCAUUUUCGAUGCAGGGUUUGAGUUCAAGCAGAUAAACGGACAAACAGAAGUAUUCUCGUUGUCCUGAUUAUUGUUCGUAUUGUUGUAUCCGCAGACACAGUAUGAAGUAUUUCACCAGACUGAGAGUCAGACGAGUCUACGAGUGGCGUGGGAAGCCUUUAAGUUUCAACAGGAAGUUAAAAACCUAUGAAUAUGGCUCUUUGGACAUCAGUGUGGAGGGUCUCCCGAGGAUCACUGUCAUUAAGACCGGCCAACACAUCCUCAUAGAAGGAGAGGAUGAAGACAACCCGUAUGUGGCCAAGGUCAUCAGGCUGUUUGGUGACGAGAGCGGGAAGCAAAAGAAGGCGGUGGUUCAGUGGUUUGUUCGUGUGUCUGAAGUGCCUUUGAGCAAACUGAAGCUGCUGGGCAGAGAGCCUCACUCGCAGGAGAUCUUCUACUACCAGGGUCGCAGCUGUGAUGACGAGGUUGACGCAGGGUCCAUCCUCAGACCUGUUCAGGUGAAGCAACUGGAUGGAGCAGCUCCGUUCCCGGACUCUGGCGAUAGGGACGCCCUGUACGUGAAGCUGUCCUGGGACUCCAAGACCUUCAAAGCGCUGGACGCUGCUCUGGUGGAGUCUGAACUUACUCCAGCUUCCUCCCCUCCUCCCUGUCCCAAACCCUCCCUCCCCCCUCAACCCCACUCCCCGCCUGCAGCUUCUCCAGCGUCUCGAGGCCCCGCCCGACGUGCCCUGCCGACUCCGGACCUCACCGUCAUGCACCGGGCAACAUCGGCGGAAGUGAGAUACGGCCGGGCAACCAUGAGUGCGGGUAGGGCCAAUGCUGCGGAAGUAGAGUCGCUGCACUCCGCCACCAAACUGUCCGCCUCAAAAUGUCUGAGCGCCAAGAGGAGGAACGCCUCGGCCAGGACGCCCGGCGUCCGCAAGAAACUGGAACUCAGCAAUCCGGACAAGAAGUCCAUCAGUCAGGACAUCCUGAGCCAGCUGCUGGACGAGGAGCUGGAGUCGGAGGUCAUGUUGGCCCAAAGACUGUCGGCCUCUCCUACUCGGGCACUGCCCCUCACCCACAGCCUCACCCCCUUAAGGAAGCCCCACGGCACUCUGGGCACUUUCCCCCUGAAGCCCUCCGCCGUCGUCCUCCACAAGAUGUCACUCUCUGAGAGGACCAGUCCUCCAUCGUCUGCCAGACACGACUCCACCAGUCCUCAGCAGGGUGAUGAUGUGAUGGAGGCAGGGCUACCGUCAGGCUCGGUUAAGACGCCCAGAAGAAGAAAUGCCACACCGAGGAGACAGUAUGCAACCAGGGAGCAGAAAGCUACCACUCCUUCUCGAAAAAAAGAACCAAAAACCCUGAAGGAACCAGCCCUGGGCGUACUGGCUGAAGUGGAUAAUGAAAACUCUCCGAUGCUACCGGUCACACCGAGGAGCUCCAAGAGGAAGUCGGCCCAGCUGGUGUUGUCUCGCAUCAGAAAACAGCUGAAUCUUCUGGACAACCAGCAGGACCUAAACUCAGACGGAGAGGACGAGGAAGAGUUUGUUCCAUCCAAGAAGGAGCUACGGAGCAGCAGUGAGGAGGAGGAGGAGGAGGAGGAUGAUGAUGGGGAGGAGGAGACAGGACUUGAUAGUGAGGAGGAGGUAGUUUUUAAAAAGGGCAGACAUUCUGCGUCAGGGUCUCGUACUCCUCGGUCAAAGCAGAAAACUGGCUCCUCAACCAGAACGCCGCGAAAAACUCCAAACAAGAAGAUCACACCCGGCACGCCACGGACUCCUCAUCGCGCCACUCCCAGCAUCCCCAGCAGGUCGUUACCGGCCCGACAGCCUGCUAAUGUUCUGGAGGAGGCCAGAACGAGGCUGCAUGUGUCCUCAGUGCCAGAGUCCCUGCCCUGCAGAGAGCAGGAGUUUCAGGACAUCUACAGCUUCGUGGAGAGCAAGAUCGUAGACGGCACGGGGGGGUGUAUGUACAUCUCAGGUGUGCCGGGCACGGGGAAGACAGCCACAGUCCAGGAGGUGAUGCGCUGUCUGCAGCACGCGGCCGACGUGGACGAGAUCCCUCCAUUCCACUUCAUCGAGAUCAACGGGAUGAAGAUGACGGAUCCUCAUCAGGCCUACGUCCAGAUCCUGCAGAAACUGACGGGUCAGAAGGCCACGGCCGACCACGCAGCAGCUCUGCUGGAGAAGAGGUUCAGCAACCCUGCACCCAGGAAGGAGACUACUGUGCUGCUGGUGGACGAAUUGGACCUGUUAUGGACAAGGAAGCAGAACGUCAUGUACAACCUGUUCGACUGGCCGACGCGGCGUCACGCCCGCCUGGUGGUGCUGACCAUCGCAAACACCAUGGACCUGCCGGAGAGGAUCAUGAUCAACAGAGUGGCCAGCAGACUGGGUCUGACCAGGAUGUCGUUCCAGCCGUACAGCUUCAAGCAGCUGCAGCAGAUCAUCAUGUCCCGGCUGAACAAGGUCAAGGCCUUUGAGGAGGACGCUCUCCAGCUGGUGUCCAGGAAGGUGGCCGCUCUGUCGGGCGACGCUCGACGAUGUUUGGACAUCUGCCGUAGGGCCACGGAGAUCUGCGAGCACUCCGCCACCGACCCUUCUGCCACAGGCCUGGUUGGAAUGAGUCACGUGAUGGAGGCGCUGAAUGAGAUGUUUUCCUCCGCCUACAUCACUGCCAUCAAGUGUGCAUCAGUGCAGGAGCAGCUCUUCCUCCGGGCGGUCAUCGCUGAGUUUCGGAGGCUUGGAUUGGAGGAGGCCACCUUCCAACAGGUGUUUGUGCAGCACCAGGCUCUGUGUCGGGUGGAGGGUCUGCAGCCCAUCAGCGUGUCGGAGGGCCUGGCGGUGUGCCAGCGGCUGGGAGCCUGCAGGUUACUGCUGCUGGAGCCCAGCCGCCUGGGAAUCCUGCAGCGAGUCCGCCUCAACGUCAGCCAGGACGACGUGCUCUACGCCCUGAAGGCCGACUGAGUGAGGGUCCUCUUCAGACUCCUUUAUCUGAACCACGUGGGAGAUUGUUACCAGAGUUUUACAAACUGAAAUGACUAAAAUCACACAGAGCUCAGUUUUUAAGCCUUUAACUACUCUGUGUGUAAACUCCUCAGAUUAAGACAGAUAUCACACUUUGGACAGAGGGAAAUAUUUGGAGUCAAAGUUUAUUUGCAUCGUCUUUUUUAUUUUGAUGUCCCAAGUUAUAAAUUUGAUUUUGCUCUUAAGGGAAUUAUUUUUAAUGUUGUACAGUGCAUGUUAUUUUAUGUUUUAAUACCUGAAUAUGCAAUA